AUGGCCAUUACCGGGUUAGACAUCUAUCGAUCAGUGUUCUCGUGGCGUGUCCUGCCCCCAGCCGAGGUGUGGGACAAGGACAUCGUCCAGGGACAGCCAGCACCGAUUGCAGCCUCGGUAGGGAUCAACCCCGUCUCGUAUCUGAUUCAAAAAUCGCGCCUCUUUCAAAUAUCUUCGGAGAUCUGUAACCCCGUUCUUACUACAGGGCCGGAUGACCCGACAGCCCUCUACCGUCUGGACGCGGCCAUCCGAGCCGAGUUGGACCCACUGGAGCAGAGCUACGCCUUAAUGCUUGGUGGUAACUUAUCAUUUGUUCAUACCAAUCUACUGCUCAGUUCUGCCCAUCACCUAGUUCUCAUUCUCCACAGUAUCAUAUUGAAUGAAGGGACCUUUCGUCUGCUGCAGCAUAGCUGGUCGAACCGUCAGUGUAUGAAAAGUGCACAGCGCGUCUUGGAACUACAUGCCGACUUCCACCAGCUACCCCAAUCCAAGCCCUUCUACUGGUAUAUUCGUGGCCGGGGCGCUUUUCAUGCUUUCCACGCCGCAUCAAGCAGGUGGAUGACUACCUCGGGCAUGGCCCCGGAUGGUCUGCACAGUGCAGUAUCGCAAGGCGACGAGUCAAAUAGCCAGAAUCCCAUCAGCCAGCCCGUUGACCUUAGGAAUGGGCAUACAUUCGCCUCGGAGAAUGUGGAUUUCCCCAGUCUGGUUCGACAGAUUGAGCCCCAGCAAUGGAUCAACCCGGUGAACAUGGACUGGGGCCAGUGGGAUCUGAUUAUGAAUUCAAUGGGAACUACAUCCUGA